AUGGUCUUCUUCUCUCGCCAUCAACGCCGGGGUCUCCUCGCCCCUGUGAUCGCUGUUCUGGCAAUGACCGCGAAUGCGGCAGUCGACGGCAAUCCACUAGCGACCUCUGAUCAGCAGACACUCGAUGCUCUCGCAAUCAAGAUCAGCCAGGACAAGAGCUUCCCCGUGUUGACGGCCGAGGCAAAGGCCGCCUACAAGACAGCCCAUGGUCUUCCCAUUAGCGAGGAAGCCUCGUCCAGUCUGGAUGCAGCCAUUGAAGAAUUGGCCUUCAGCUCCAUCCAAAAGGCUGUGAACAGCGACUCAUACUUCCCCAAAGUCUACUGGGUCGAUGCCGGUCCACGCAAUUGGUUUGGCCUGGAUGUUCCUGGCGGACGAUACUCUUACGACAACCCGGACUGCAUCUAUCGAACUAUUCCUAUCGACAGCAGCCUCAGCUAUAUCAUCACCGGUUAUCGACACGGAGCCGGCCCGACUGACGUGACAUUCUCGCUGAUUAGCGAUCCGAACUCUCAAAAUACCGUGGCGCAUCUAUCGGGCAGCGACUUGGUGGUUAACAGUGAUGGCUCUUAUACCAUCACUGUGAAUAGUACCUCGGCAGACAACCAAGCAAAUCAUAUUCAGUCCACCUCGUCAGCAAAACAGCUUCUGAUCCGCAACAAUCUGGGAAACUGGGGGACUGAGAAGCCCGACAAUCUUACUGUGGACCUUGUCGACGAUACCUCGGGUCAAUCUGCUAUCACCGAAGCGGAGAUCAUUCUUGCGGCAACUUGGAACUUGCAGGAAUCCAUCGUGGACUAUGGCGUGGGCGCAUUGGGAAUCAAGACAUCCCUCAACAAAGUCAACACCCUCUCAGCCCCUAGUCAAUCGAGUACUCUCGGUACAUUGACUACACAGGCGAGCUCCUUUGGUCAUUUCGAUCUAGCCGAUGAUGAGGCCCUGGUUGCGACCGUCACGCAGGGUGAUGCAGAUUACUUUGUCUUCCCUCUGACGAACCCAUGGAUCAUCACAUCGAAUCCGGCCAGUCAAGUCAGUUUGAACAGUAAACAAGCUGUCGCAAAUACCAACGGUACUUAUACAUUCGUGGUUUCUCUGGCGGACCCCGGCGUUUAUAACUGGAUUAAUACGACUGGUCUUCACGAAGGCACAUUUAUGGUUCGCUGGCAAGGUCUGCCGACUUCUUCUUCGUCGUCUACAUCAUCUACCAGCUCGCCUGCUGUUGAAGUUCAGGUUGUUUCUCUCUCUGAGCUCGCCUCUGUUCUUCCAAGUGAAACGCGAUAUGUGACCUCUGCAGAGCGUCAAUCGCUUCUGGCUCAGCGUGUUGCUGCAUAUGCUCAGAGGACGGAGUUCUAG